AUGAACAGCGGCAUGGUGCAGUUUGUUACGUCUAACAGCGGUGCCGAGAAGACCUUCCAGCUGUUCGUCAUGCGCCAGGACAAGAAAACCUGCAUUGGAGGUGGCAAGGUGGGCGAGCCCGGCGAAGCGCAGCAGACUGAGGAAAGGAUCAGGGGUGCAGAAGUCGCUCUGGCGCACGCACUAGAGCCCACUGAAGCGAAGGUGCCUAAGGACGUCGAAGCUGCCGAGGUUGCCCUAAAGAAGGUGCAUGGGGUUGCAGGCUACAUCGACUACAUCAAGUUGAGCCCAGUGCGCAACUCACCGCGUGCGCUAUAA